AUGAAAAGAGAGAGGAGAGACAGAUCAGCUGGUGAGUGGAGGCCUUACUGGUCUGCUGCACAAACAUACGAGUUUGUUAAUGGUUUGUCUAAAUUUGCUGUUGAUCUUUCUGCUCAUGAGUGCUCCUGUAGCAAGUGGCAGCUUAGUGGUAUUCCCUGCACCCAUGCCAUUAGCUGCAUCAACUAUAAGGGCCUUGACAUAGAUGGAUUUGUUGAUGACUGCUACAAGAAGCCUGCAUAUGUCAAGUGCUAUGAUUCAGUCAUCAAUCCUCUGAAUGGCCCAGACUUGUGGGAGAAAACCAACUUUGAUGAUGUCAUGCCUCCUCCUUAUCGAAAGCCUAGCCACAGACCAGUCAAGAAAAGAAAGAGAGGACCUGAUGAGCCUCCGGACAGCAGCCAGUCCCACUUGUCUAGGAGGGGACAAAUUCAGAGAUGCUCAAACUGUGGUGAAUCUGGACACAAGAGGGGAGGAUGCAAGAAGCCAUCCCUGGAUGUAAGUGUAUGUAUAUCAUCAAAUGCAUUACUAUUAGGGUUAUAG